AUGACCGGAAAACAAUAUGCCGACGUUGUGCGCCCAGUGAUUUACAUGUUGGCUGGUUUCGUUUUUUUAUACCUUUUGCGAAUUAAUCAACUAUUAAAAGGUACUCCAGAUGAGAUCCGGAAGCUCGCGGGUUCGCCGUGGACAGCAGAUUUGCUCAAAGAAACUGGUGCAAGACUCUGCCAAAAGCCCAUUGACUAUACUGGUCAGUUACCAGCCCGACAAGAGCGUCGCUAUGUCGUUACGGGAGGAAAUGGCCUUGUCGGCGGAUUCAUUGUUCUGCAAUUGCUCGCGCGGGGUCAGCCACCCGAGAGCAUCCGCAUUCUCGAUAUCAGAAAGGCAGAGAGAAGCGACAUGCUUUCCGGUCCGGCAACCAAGGUCGACUUUGUGCUUACAAACAUUUCAUCUCGGGCUUCUGUCAAGGCAGCCUUUGACAAGCCGUGGCGCCCGUCAGUAGCUAGCCUCCCGCUUACAGUGUUUCAUACUGCAGCUGUCAUUAUUCCGUCGGAUAGGUCGCGGUUCUUGUAUGACUUUCCAGAAGCGGUCAACGUUGACGGCACGAAAAAUGUCUUGGACCUCGCCAAGGAGGCUGGCGCGGACAUUUUCAGUUCAACUUCAUCUGGGUCCAUUGCCAUACGACCUGUGAAUCCCUGGGUCGCACCAUGGGCGCGUUCGCCCCAAAAUUUCUGGCAGAUGCUAGAUGAGAGAGACUUUUACAAGCCGUUGCGACCGCAUGGCGACUUUUUUGGCAACUAUCCCGCCUCUAAGGCGGCAGCUGAACGGAUCGUUUGCGAAGCGAAUACGGACACUUUUCAGACUGGUUGUAUUCGUCCAGUCAAUGGUGUCUAUGGUAACCCCACUGAUAAUACUGUUGGAGACCCUCUGGCUAGGUCUGUCUUACCAACGUGA